AUGGCUUUCGCUCAUCUCCUCUGCCUAAUCGUCUUGCUUUCCAGUCUGCAGUUUUGUCUUGCCAAUGGCCAAUCAUCUCCAACUCGAUCACAGACCAGUGACUUACAAACCUACAUUGUCCACGUGACUCCCCCUGAUGGCCAGCGCCUUUCUGAGUUGAAGGAUCUCGAAUCCUGGUAUUACUCGUUUUUGCCCACAGAUUCUACCACCUCAAGGAACGAGAGGCGCCUGCUUUACUCUUACCAGAAUGUGAUGACCGGCUUUGCAGCAAGACUGACUCCUGAUGAAGUCGCCACAAUGCAGGAUAAGCCUGGAUUUGUAGCAGCUCACCCUGAGCAAAUAUAUAGCCUCCAGACAACGCACAGCCCCCAGUUUUUGGGCUUGCCACUGAAUCAGGGAUCUUCCAAUAGUUCCACCAUGGGAAAAGGAAUAAUCAUUGGAAUCAUGGAUACUGGUGUAACCCCGGACCAUACUUCAUUCAGCGGAGAUGGAAUGCCGCCCCCGCCAGCCAAAUGGAAAGGGAGGUGUGACUUCAAGCCUUCCCAAUGUAAUAACAAGUUAAUAGGUGCCAAGACCUUCGACAGCUCGGCUAAGAAAAAUGUGACCAUGCCUCCGAUUGACGAUGACGGACAUGGCACUCACACGGCCAGCACUGCAGCUGGCGCUUCUGUGCAACAAGCCAAUACGCUCCGGAUGGCUGAAGGCACGGCAGUUGGCAUGGCUCCAUAUGCUCACUUGGCGAUCUAUAAAGUGUGCUCUACAGAUUGUUUUCUGGGCGACAUACUUGCUGGACUUGAUGCAGCCCUCGCAGAUGGCGUUGACGUAAUCUCCAUCUCGCUUGGUGGUGGCUCUGCUCCAUUUUAUAUGGAUGGCAUCGCGGUAGCCACUUUUGCAGCCGUUCAGAGAGGUGUCUUCGUGAGCUGCUCUGCUGGGAAUUCCGGUCCUUUCUCAGAGUCGCUAUCGAACGAGGCUCCAUGGAUUCUCACCGUCGGGGCGAGCACCAUCGAUAGAAACAUUGUCUCCAAUGUAAAACUCGGAAAUGGAGAGGAAUAUGAAGGUGAGACAAUAUAUCAACCCUCCUUCCCUUCAACUUUACUGCCACUUGUGUAUCCUGGAAUCGAUGGUACGGAAGGGUCCAUAUACUGUGUCCCCGGACAAUUAAAAAGCAGUCAAGUAGAAGGGAAGAUUGUCUUGUGUGAAAGAGGGUUCGUCGGCCGCUAUUUCCAAGCGAUUGAGGUGAAAAGAGCAGGUGGGGCUGGUAUGAUUAUGAUGAACCAAGAAAUCGAUGGAUUCAGUACCUUGGCCGAUGCUUAUGUCCUCCCUGCGUCUCAUGUUAGCUACUUCGCUGGUAAUAAGAUCAAAGCCUACAUCAAUGCGACUAGAACUCCUACUGCUACCAUCAUGUUCAAAGGAACAGUGUUUGGAAACCCGACCGCUCCUGCGCUCACUUCUUUCUCUUCGAGAGGCCCGAGCUUGAUUAGCCCGGGAAUUCUAAAGCCAGACAUUAUUGGUCCUGGCGUGAACAUAUUAGCAGCAUGGCCGUUUCCCAUCAGAAAUGACACAAAAGCAAAGUAUUACUUUAAUAUUAUUUCUGGCACUUCCAUGUCUUGCCCCCACCUCAGUGGCAUCGCGGCUUUGAUAAAGGGCAUUCAUCCAGACUGGUCUCCAGCAGCAAUCAAAUCGGCUAUCAUGACGACGGCUAAGCAGCUGAACGUCAAGCAAAACCCAAUCUUGGACGAAAGGCUUCAACCGGCGGAUGUCUUUGCCAUUGGAGCAGGCCAUGUCGAUCCUGAAAAGGCCAUUGACCCAGGAUUCAUUUAUGACAUGCAUCCCGACGAUUACAUUCCUUAUCUCUGUGGUCUGGGAUACACCGACAAGCAGGUGGCUACAAUUGUUCACAAACCAGUCAAAUGUUCGGGAGUAUCUAGCAUUCCCGAGGGAGAGCUGAACUACCCCUCAUUUUCGGUCAACCUCGGACCUCCACAGACUUUUACUAGGACUGUGACUAAUGUCGGAACGGACUAUUCGCCUUAUGUUGUCACGGUCGUUCCUCCACAGGGUGUGCAUGUCACCGUGAAGCCUAACAAACUCACCUUCUCAAAAUUGAACCAGAAAGCAACGUAUUCAAUCACACUCAGCCGUGCCAAUUCCACUCAGGAUGUUGCCAAAUUCACCCAAGGAUUUCUGAGGUGGGAUUCCAAGAAGUACUCUGUCAGGAGUCCAAUUUCGGUUAAGUUUAAUUAA